UUUGUAUCAACCCACAUAGUCUUUCUCGGGAAAAUGGAAAAUCAAAACCACACAGUGGCCAUGGAUGCCAAGCUGAUGGUGUCCACACACGGUGGCCAUGUCAACAUGUUGAAGGAUGUGCUGAACAAGGAGGAUGCCAUGGCGACGAUGCUUCCCAGUGAGGACCAAUCUGGUGCCGCUGCCAUCAAUCCCCUGCUGCUUCUGUCAGCGCGCAGGGGCUCCUGGGAGGCCCUGAAUGCCCUUCUCCAGAGGGAAGACGCAAGGGAUCCACCAAUGAUGAUUCCCACUCUUGAAUUUCUUGAGUUGGUAGCGGGAGGCAGCGGCGCCCAGGGAAGAAGUGCGGCGUCUGCUGGUCGUGAUGUAGAAGAGGGCGUUGACCAGCAGCCUGCUGCUUCGCCUGCAGCUGGAGCACUCCUCAAGGGCGUCACCGCCGACGGGGAUACCGCACUACAUGCGGUCGCCGGCAACGGCGAUUGCCAGAAUUUCUUGAAGUAUGCCGGCAUCGUCUACGACAGGGACAGGGCGCUCCUGUUUGUGCAGAAUCACAAGGGUGACACACCCUUGCAUUGCGCUGCCCGAGCUGGGAACUCCAAGAUGGUUUCUCGUCUCAUUGAUCUAGCUGCGUGUGAGGGCGACGGCAGGAAGCUGGAGCUCUUGAGGAUGGAAAACAAGCGUCAGGAGACGGCCCUGCACGAGGCUGUCCGAUUUGAAGACGGUGGAAUUCUGGGUCACAAGGAGAGAUUAUUGCUUGAUGCCGCCGACCCCACCGGAGAAGAAAAGAAUAAGCGUGGCAAGGCAGAGACAGAGGGUGCCCUAAAUGAAGACGGUAAAAGUCCGGUCGCCGCACCGGAAGAACAGGCUAUUGUCAAGCUGCUGAUGGGCGCUGAUCGCGAAUUGGCUAAUUAUCCUGCAGGCGGCAUUUCACCACUGUACCUAGCCGUCUUGCUGGAGAAGGGUACAAUUGCACUGACUUUACACGCAAUGAGUGGUGGCAAUCUCUCCUAUUCCGGAGCAGACGGACAAAAUGCCUUGCAUCUUAGUAUUCUUCGAGAUACAGGUACCCGCUAAACACUAGCAACUAUUUUUGGAACUUGCGUGCCCAUUUAUUUUUCACCUACUCUAGCAACGGUAUACCCCAUUUAGUUCACUUGCUUCCUCACAUUUUUUUUACCUAUCUAUUUUUUGACUGGUUUUAAGUUAUAUCGUUGCUUAUCUAUACACUAGCAUUGUGUACUGCGCAAUUGAGCCAUAUAUGUCUUUGAUCAUCUGUUGUUUGGGGGCACCGGAAAAGGUGAAAUCCCAAUUGCACGACCACAACAUAUAUCUACGUGGAGCGUGCUUGUGAUGUUUAAGGCGUUGAUCGAUUUGUUUGUCAUGUAGCUGUGCAUUCUCAUUUGUUUUGUGGAAAUACCAAAGGAUGAACCUUCGCUGGGAAGGAGCUCCCAGCGAACGUCCCUACGGCCUUGUGAUCGAAAUCAAACAGAUGACAUUUUUUUUUAAAAAAUUACACUGUUCACUGGCAAUUUUUCUUUCCGUACAUGGCCAGCCCCUAGCAAACGCAUGACCUUUUUUAGUUGUUUUGGCAUGGCAACUCUGACGUUUGUUGUCAAUUUCUCUCACAGCAAACGAUAUUCACGUCCUUGUUUUGGAACAAAAAAGAGUCCGCCACAAUUCAAAUCCAAGCCUUAUGAUUUUGAAGUCAGGGUUCACCAGCUCAACAACCAGAUAUUUUAUUUGUUCUCUGGGAAUUUCUAGCAUGUUACUCUGUUUUUCUUCUUGUUAUGCUUUUAGUUGUUUUGGACUACUCUUUAUGAUCACCUUAUUGUUCAACCUUCAGGUUAUGUUUACCCUUCUCUUGUUAAAGAUCUUUGGGUUCCUGGAACCAAAAUUUGGGAUAAUAAUUUGAUUUCUUCUCUUUUCCGACAGCCUCUUGCUACUGCUAUUAUUCAAACUGAUAUUAUUCAAGAGGACUGUCCGGAUAUACUUUGCUGGGAUCUAACACCUAAUGACAAUUGUACUUCCAAAUCCACUUAUAAAUUGUGCUUGCAGGACAUUCAUGCUAAUCCUAGAUCUGCUCCUUCUCAAGUUUCUUUGCAGAUUAAAAAUCUUCUAAAGCUGAUUUGGAAGCAAAAGACAAUAAUUCCUAGAGUCAAGACUUUUGCUUGGAGGCUUCUCCGGGAGGCCCUUCCCACAGCUUUCAGGUGCAAAAAAAUCCCUGGUUUAACUCAAGGAAUGGUGGCUACUAGUAUCGGAGUCUACCUUUGUUUGCCACAAGACCCGACGGAAAUCAAUGUUCAGAUUCAAGCGUCUUCUGCGGAUACAGAUUCUCCUUUGAAAGCGGAAGCUUUGGCUCUUCUUUUGGCGGCUCAAGUGGCUAAUCGCCUUAAUAUUUCUCAGCCUACUUUCCUCACCGACUGUCUCUCUUUGGCAUCGUUUGCUGCUUCUUCUAAGGCUUCUGAUGUUGCCAUCCCCUGGGCUAUCAGGAAAAUACUAGCUGAAUUUUUCUUC